AUGAUGCCGAGUGUGCCGCAUAUCCUAGUGGCUGUUCUUGCAGUCCUUACCCGAGUUUCGUCGAACUCUAACCGAGAGUUAGCGAGCUUUAGCGACGUUUCCAUAUCACGCUUGAUCAAUGUGAUCGUGGAGCAGAAGGAUAAUCCUGGUCAUUACUUUGGAAUCGCGUUUUCUGUCUUCCAUUGCGCAAUUGUCAAAGUCGUCAAAAACGCACAGACAACGACAUUCAGCCACACAAGCGCCCUCCAAUUUUUACCAUCAUUCUUUGCAAAUUCACCUUCUACGCCAGGCAUUACUGCUCUCGCCUGUCUUGGCUAUCGCAUCAACCCCGCACUCUUCAAGCGUGCUGUGGAGGUUUGCGAUUACUACAAACGGUACAUCGAUUACAAUGAAGAGGUGGAAUCGUUUGCUCAGAUAGCUGAUAUGCCACUCGGCAGUAUUUGUCCAAUGCUGCCUCUUGAGCUUUGGCAAGAAAUUGCGCGUUAUCUCCACCCCUUUGAGCUCGUUGCCCUCGGAUUGGUCUCAAGACUAUGCCGUGAAGCAGCCUCGAUGGUGCUCCGCUAUCCCCACCUCUGUGGCCAUCGCCUUGUCGCUGUUCCUCAAGAAAAACCAAAGUAUCUGCGGGGGUUACGCGUCUCUUUGUAUGCUACAUCUUUUUCAGCUGUAAAAGCCGGCAUUCCCACUGUUGUGGAUGUUGGAGUGGAGUUUUGGGAUGGACGAUUGAAGAGUAUGAUUACUUCCCUCAGAUUUCACGGUACAUCGCUUUCAAUUCAGUGGCAUGUUCAGCCGAUCCACGGGUACAGAUGGGUAGAAGACGUUGCAACCAAUUGGUGGUGGGAAACUCCUUGA